UCGAAUCCAGGGAAAAGAAAUGAAAUAAACUCCUCUGUGCCGGUUGUUCAUAUCCUCGGUGGAUUUCUACCUGCAGCAGAAGGAGCGAUGGAAAGGAAAGGAACAGCUUCUCAACCUCUUACAUGUAAUAACGGCAGUGAAAGGAUCGACCCCUAUGGCUUCGAGAGACCUCGCGACUUUGACUCCUACAAGGAGAUGAUGGAUGAGUACGUAGCCAUCCUCGACCGCAGGUCCAUCAGAUGGUCCAAGCUCCUUCAAGAGAAACCACACGUGGAGAAGAACUUGACAGUGAAACGGUACGUGCGUAAGGGCGUGCCCAAUGAGCACCGGGCCAGGAUUUGGAUGGCAGCCAGCGGUGCACAGGAGCGCCUGGAGAGCAAACCGGGUCAUUACCAGUCUCUGCUGGCCAUGGAGCACGACGCCAAGCUGAAGGAAACCAUCCAUACAGACAUGCACAGGACCUUUCCAGACAACGUCCUCUUCCAAAGCAGAGCAGAGCCCAGCCUGCAGAGGGCUUUGUACAAUGUGCUGCUGGCCUACGGACACCACAACACGGAAGUGGGAUACUGUCAGGGCAUGAACUUCAUUGCGGGCUACCUCAUGAUCAUCACCAAAGAUGAAGAGAAGUCCUUCUGGCUCAUGGAUGCAUUGUUGGGCAGAAUGCUCCCAGACUUCUACAGCUCGGCCAUGAUGGGCCUGAAGACUGACCAGGAGGUUCUCGGGGAGCUGGUGAAGGCCAAAGCUCCCGCAGUGGGACAGCUCAUGGCCCAGUAUCCGGGCAUAUGGACACUCGUGGCGUCACGCUGGUUCAUCUGCCUCUACAUCGACAUCCUCCCAAUUGAGACGGUUUUGCGAAUUUGGGAUUGCCUUUUCUACGAGGGCUCCAAGGUGCUUUUCCGCACCGCUCUCACUCUCAUCAUUCACCACCAGCCAGAGAUCCUCAGAGCGCGCUCAUUGAGCGACGUGUGCGAGUGCUUUAAACAAAUCACCUGCGGAGCUUUCACCCUGGACUGCCACACCUUCAUGCAGAAAAUCUUCACAGAGCCUGGGAGCUUGUCGAUGGCAACUAUUGAUAAACUCAGAGAGAAAUGUAGACAUAGAAUACUGGAGGAAGAAUCUGGAAGGCGGUAAAGUGAUGGAUUCAGCUCCCCCCCCCCCCCC